AUGUUUGCUAGCCUAAAAAGUAAAAUUAAAGAGGAAACCGGUAGCGAUAUCAGCAAAUUAACAAGUAGCUGGAGAAGUGGUGCCUUCCUGGGUCGAAUAACUUUAAGAGAUGAUUCGUCAACAACAAGUCCUUCAAGUUCUGGAGGACCUGGAGAUUCAACAUCCGAUUCCAUUUCACCACAACUCCACACUUACUUAUCUGAUCGGACUGGAGGUGAAGUAGACCAGGCAGCUUUGCAACAACAAUAUGCAGAACAGUUAGAAGCAAAAUUACGAGAUAGAGAUGCUUAUUGGGAACAGAAAAUUGAAGAGUUGAAGCUGUCAUUAGCUUCUGUGCAAGGUGAAGAGGCCUUAGCUGCUCAGGCGGUAGCUCGAACAGCUCAAGCUGAAGCGUCAAAAGCAAUAAUAGCUAGAGAUGCAGCUGAGAAACAGCUGAGUGAGUUCAGAACGAGAUUAGCAGCCUCAGAGAAUGCACAGGAUAAAUUGGAUGCGCUCACAGAAGAAGUGGAGCAAUGUCGUCGCGAGUGGGCGCGGGAGCGCAGCGAGCUGACGUCGGCGCGGGGCGCGGCCGACGCGCGCGCCCGCGACCUCGCCGACCACCUCGAGCUGCUCAAGGCCGCGCUACCCGUGGACCACCACCACCACCACAUGCAGGAUGAUGACAAGCGAGAAUUAACACCAACUGGUUGUGCUGAUUACGACCGAAUAUGUCGAGAAAAAGCGGUGUUGACGCGACAGUUGCAGGAAGCUAAAAUGGCGUUGGCUGAUGUAAAGACUUCUUGGAGCGGGCAAAUAGCAUCCUUAGAGACACAGGUGGCGCGAGUGUCCCGACAGGCGGGAGAGGAGGGCGCGGAGAGACGGAGGGUUGAAGCGGAGAAGAAAGAGUUGCAGGAGAAAUUAGACAAUAUGGCAGCCGAUUUAGAGAAAUCUAGACAAAAUCUUGCCAAUAGUGAAGCUAAGGUGGCGCGGCUGAGCGCGGAGGCGCGGGCGCAGGCGCGCGAGCUGCGCGCCCUCCGCGCCGCUAACAUGACGGCGGAACUAGAGAAUCGAAUUGAGGCGUUGGAAGAGGAAAACCGUGGACUUGCAGAGGCUUUGGAAAAUGAAAGGACGCUGGUGAAGAUACUGCGUGAGAAGGUGGACAAGUCGAACAGGCUUUAUGAUGAGCAGAGGGUAGAAGUGACUCACCUCAACUCUGUCGUGAGCGACAUGCACCAAGAUUAUGUGGAUAUACAGAAGAAGUUUGAUAAAGAGAAGCGGGAAAAAGACGAGGCAUUACUGCGAAAUGCGCACAUGUCACAGAACAUAGAGAUGAGUCAGUGCAACGUGCGCUACCUGGAGACCGAGGUGGUCGACCUCAAGGCAAAGAUAUCUGAACUGGAAGCCGUUAUUGCGCAACACAAAGAGAACCAAGCUGAAUGUAUGAUUAUAAAAGAGAAUGAAUCGGCAAGAAUAAAAGAAAUGGAGGAAUUGAAGCAACGCAUAGAUAAGUUGAUCGAUACAGAGACUGCACUCAAUAAGACUAUACAAGACUUACAAACUGACAUCUGUGAUAAAAAUAAGAAAAUAAAAACUUUAGAUAAUCGGAUAGCGGAUAUGAAGAAAACUUUACAAAGAGAGCUGCAGAGUAGUAAGUCGGAUCUAACGUCUGCCGAGGAACAAGACAUAAGUAGACGCUACCUGAAGCACGUGGUGCUGCGGUUCCUGACGGCGCGCGAGCUGGAGGCGCGGCAGCUGACGCGCGCGCUGGCUGCGCUGCUGCGCCUCGCGCCGCACGAGGAGGCGCUGCUGCGCGCCGCGCUGCCCGCGCGCUCCGCCCGCCAGGCCUGGCUGCCCAGCCUCACC